AUGGCAUUGCGAGCAUCAUUACUAGGCUGGACCCGUCACUUCGCGCCUUCUUCUUUAACAUCAGCAGCCCGACCAUUUUCCACAGCAUCGACUAUAUUACAACAAUCAGCAGAGAAAAAAGCAGCACCUUCCAUGGCCAUUCCUGCUGCUGACUGGGAUGUUAAGACUGAAUUAGCCACCUCCUUGGAACCUUACGCCGGCCGAUCGAUCGCCAACGUCGCUAAUCCCAACGUCGCCUACCGUCGUGUAAACUCGAUUUUGGCACAAAACAAUGUUCGUCGUGAAGUUCGUUCCAACCGAUAUUAUGAAAAGCCUACCGUCGCUAGAAGACGAAAGAACAUUGAACGUAACCGCAAACUGUUUGGUGCCAUGGUUGGCAAGAAGGUUGCUCUCAUUAUGCAAAUGAAGCAGCGUGGCAUGUAA